AUGGCACUGCAGAGAGAUGUGGGCACUGUAUUGGCGCUAGUUACCAUGGCACUGCAGAGAGAUGUGGGCACUGUAUUGGCGCUAGUUACCAUGGCACUGCAGAGAGAUGUGGGCACUGUAUUGGCGCUAGUUACCAUGGCACUGCAGAGGGAUGUGGGCACUGUAUUGGCGCUAGUUACCAUGGCACUGCAGAGAGAUGUGGGCACUGUAUUGGUGCUAGUUACCAUGGCACUGCAGAGAGAUGUGGGCACUGUAUUGGUGCUAGUUACCAUGGCACUGCAGAGAGAUGUGGGCACUGUAUUGGCGCUAGUUACCAUGGCACUGCAGAGAGAUGUGGGCACUGUAUUGGCGCUAGUUACCAUGGCACUGCAGAGAGACGUGAGCACUGUAUUGGCGCUAGUUACCAUGGCACUGCAGAGAGACGUGGGCACUGUAUUGGCGCUAGUUACCAUGGCACUGCAGAGAGAUGUGGGCACUGUAUUGGCGCUAGUUACCAUGGCACUGCAGAGAUGUGGGCACUGUAUUGGCGCUAGUUACCAUGGCACUGCAGAGAUGUGGGCACUGUAUUGGCGCUAG